AUGACGCUUAGAGAAGAAUGCAAAUAUUCACUCUACUUUAUUCUGCUGAUGCUUGGACAGAGCAUCGCCACACUGUAUGUACUGAUGUGGAUGGUCGGCAUCUUUCUGGACUACAGGGAGCAGUUGAAAUCGAAAGCAAUUGUUGAGUCAAAAACAGCGCUACAAUUGCCGCAAACUCAAGAGGAACUAUCUCCCAUCCCCGGAAAAAAAGAAGUCUUCUCAAGCUUUGACACGGGAUCUGUCUUUGUUGGAAUGCUGAUUCAAACUUUUCUACAGUGUUUAAUCGCUCGGCAAUACAUCCUGGAAUUCAAGAACCAUCGCUUCUUUCUCUUCUAA